AACAGCUAAUUUCUCUACAUCGAUGAAUUUACCUUCGAUGUUUCACUUUUUCACAUGUUAGAGUGUGUGAUAAUAGAUAAACAGCAGUCCAAGGAGUAAACAAGAUCGUCAGAUCGGUACAAUUGAGUGACCAAAGUUCAAAGUAUAAUCGCGUAGAAUACAAGUGGGGCGCCGCCGAAACGACACUUAUCUUACAUUCUCAUUGACGAAACCACCUGGUCUUCUCUUUCUCGUGGUAUUCUUGUAAUUAUUGGUCUUUGAAUUAAUAUCUUAGUAAUUUCUCACUUCAUUUAAUAAUGAUUUUACCAUUUGCAAUCAUAAGAAGAGGUAUGGCGACGUCUAGUUCUCUCAAUAAUGCAAUUAAGCAUAUUACUGUUGUCGGAGGUGGGCUCAUGGGCUCAGGGAUUGCUCAGGUUGCAGCUCAAGCAGGAAACCGAGUAACUCUGGUAGAUAUCAGUCCUGAUGUAUUGAAGAAAUCUCAGGAGAGUAUUCAGAAGAACUUAGGUCGCGUAGCCAAGAAAUUAUAUAAAGACAAUCCUGCUGAGGGUGAAAAGUUGGUAAAGACUGCAUUGGCCAGUAUAGAAGUUAGUACGGAUCUUCAAACCGCAGUAAAGAGUACAGAUCUUGUCAUAGAAGCAAUUGUGGAAAAUAUGGAAGCUAAGCACAAACUUUUCGCUAGCAUAGAUGAUGUUGCUCCUGCAUCUACGAUCUUUGCAAGCAAUACGUCUUCUUUGUCGAUUGGAGAAAUUGCUUCGGUUAGCAAUCGUAAGGACAGAUUUGGCGGUCUUCAUUUCUUCAAUCCUGUACCUGUUAUGAAAUUGCUUGAGGUCAUUCGUAUUCCGGAAACUUCAGAUGAAACAUAUAACACUCUAAUGGAAUGGGGUAAGGCUAUUGGGAAAACUUGUAUCACUUGUAAAGAUACUCCUGGAUUUGUGGUCAACAGACUUCUCGUUCCUUACAUCAGUGAAGCUGUACGCCUUUUAGAACGUGGAGAUGCAUCUGCACGAGACAUUGAUAUUGCAAUGAAGCUGGGAGCUGGAUAUCCAAUGGGUCCAAUAGAACUUGCGGACUAUGUUGGUCAUGACACUACCAAGGCUAUUCUUGAUGGUUGGCAUAAGAAAUUCCCAGACAAUCCAGUAUUCAAACCUACUGAAACCCUAAACAAGCUUGUAAAGGAAGGAAAAUUGGGUGUUAAAACGGGCGAAGGUUUCUAUAAGUACAAUAAGUAGUUGAUUACCAUCAAAGUUUGUCCACAUAUCGAUUAUAUACUUAUUUUUCUGACACCGGUAUUACCUGACUGUAAUGAAAUCGGCGUUUCGAACGGGCCAAUAAUUUUUUAUAGAUGUUUAUACUAUAUAGAUAAAUCAAUUUUACACGAGUUUUGAAAUCAUCGUAACGUAAACUUGAUAUUUUUCUAUUGUUGUUGAUUGAGAAUUUAUACGUAAAUCUAUUGGAAACAUCAUUGUAUAAUUCAAUAAAUCAGCUAUAAUUGUUGCUCAAACCAGAAAAUAUUUUUAACAACACUAACAGUGCUCCAAACUGGGCAAACGCAAAGUCUUUGUUGACCAUCACAUCACAUACAUCUUUCAAUCAUGACAAAUUUCAUAGAAGGUCCGUUUUUACUUGAACCUAAGACAGUCUAAACCAACCGCAAUGUGGUCACAAACAACAAUUAGGACUGUUUGGGGCUUAUGUGAAUUUGAUGUAUCCUUUAUCCGUGAAAUGGUCUGUGAAUUUUUAAAUAUCAAGAAACCUAACAUUUAUUGAAUUUAUCGAAGAUGCGGGUA